CCCCGGGCCGGCUGCGUGGGGCGAUGGGCGGGGUGUCGCGCGGGGCGUCGCCCCGGGAUGUCCCGUGUCCGGGGUGGGACCCGCGCUCGCCGCCCGCCGGGAAUGGAGCCGGAUCCGAGCUUCUCGGGCCGCCGGGCCCUGGUGACCGGGGCGGGCAAAGGAAUCGGCCGGGCCGCGGCCCUGGCGCUGAGCGGAGCCGGGGCCCAGGUGGUCGCGCUGAGCCGGACGCAGGCGGACCUGGAGAGCCUGGAGCGGGAGCGUACCGGGAUUGAGACACUCUGUGUGGACCUGGGUGAUUGGGAUGCCACCGAGGCAGCGCUGAGCAAGGUGGGCGCCGUUGACCUGCUGGUAAAUAAUGCAGCUGUGGCUGUGCUCCAGCCCUUCCUGGAGGUGACCAAGGAGGCCUUCGACAGGUCUUUCGAUGUGAAUCUUCGGGCCGUGUUUCAUGUUUCCCAGAUCAUUUCCCGGCAGAUGAUUGCACGAGGGGUGCAAGGAGCGAUAGUGAACGUCUCGAGCCAGGCAUCUCAGCGGGCUCUACGGGAGCAUGCUGUCUACUGUUCUACAAAAAGUGCCUUAGAUAUGCUGACCAAGGUGAUGGCUCUGGAGCUGGGACCCCACAAGAUCCGGGUGAACAGCGUGAACCCCACUGUGGUCAUGACUGACAUGGGGCAAAUUAACUGGAGUGAGCCUCAGAAAGCUGCUGCCAUGAUCAGUCGAAUUCCUCUGGGGAAGUUUGCAGAGGUAGAUGAUGUGGUGAACAGCAUCCUCUUCCUGCUGAGUGACAAGAGCGCUAUGACAACAGGUGUCUCGCUGCUGGUUGAUGGGGGUUUUCUCGUCUCCUAGGAUGAUACAUCUGCAUUGGCAUCCCAAGGAGAGAAUCAUUCCUUAAAUGAGCUGUAGCUCACGAAAGCUCAUGCUCAAAUAAAUGUGUUAGUCUCUAAGGUGCCACAAGUCCUCCUGUUCUUUUUGCAGAUACAGACUAACCCAGCUGCUACUCUGAAACCUAUUGUUACUAAGUGAUUCUAAACAUGAUGGAGAGACAGUGAGUGACUCAGACCACAAGAGGGGAGGGGUAGACGGAUAUUAACAGGGUUGGGACCUGUCAGAAAAGUGUGGCAGGUCAUUCCACUGUUGAAAGCAUAGCUGUUCCCUCCAAAAAGCUGUGCUCUCUGCUCCGAACAAAGCCACCACACUCCUUCAUGGAGAAUGUUUAUUGUACCAAAAUAAGAGGUGUUUAUCUUGUCACUCUACAUGAUGAUUAGAAACAGGACCUGUCUUUGUUCUGACCCUCUCCCCCAAAAACCUUCAAAAGCUCUCCCUGCUCCAUCCAAACCGAUAAAGCCCAGCACCAUACUCCCAGCAGGAAAGGGAGGGAGUAGCUACCAGACUCCUCACUGCCUCUUUUAUGGGUUUUGAUAGAAAAAAGAGGCAACAACCUCAGCCCUGCUCUGCAGAGACUGGAUGAGGGAGGAGAGGCCCCCUGCGAAACAUCCUUCUGCCAUGACUGAUGGGCAGGGAACAGCACCCAAGGUAGUGCCCUAAAAGGCACUAAGUGCACAGGACUGUUGCACUCACUGCGCUUGACUAGUGAUUAGUACUUAAUAAAGCUAAUAGUAAUUCCUUCA